CUUGUUCGACUCUCUCUCACUUUCUCUCGCGGUGUUUUGGUUCGUUAUGGCUCCACGCAAGUCCGGUUCGGAUCCGUACCGACCCGCUAAAGCUCACACCCAGGUACCGGCGGGGAACGCGGCCGUGUCGGCGGCUAAGAAGCCCAAAAUGGAGCAGCUCCAGGCCGACCAUGAGCUCUUCCUCCAGGCCUUCGAGAAGCCGACACAGAUUUACAGAUUUCUCCGUACGAGGAACCUGAUGGCGCCCAUCUUUCUGCACCGGACCCUCACGUACAUGUCACACCGUAACUCCAGAACCAACAGCAAGAGGAAACAGUUCAGCGUGGAUGAUCUGCGCUUCAGAGUGGAGAGGACCAAACAGGAGCAGGAGUCUCACAGUUUAGCUUCACACCUGCAGCUCACCUUCACCGGCUUCUUCCACAAAAUCGAUAAAACACAGAACUGUGAGAAUGAGGAGAGCUCAGUGAUGCUGGAGGUUCUGCUCAUCAAAGUGUGUCAUAAAAAGAGAAAGGACGUGAGCUGUCCUAUAAAGCAGGUCCCCACAGGGAAGAAGCCGGUUCCCCUGAACCCCCGGGGGAAGAGCGGGGCGUGGCCCUCCAUCAUGGUGCCCAGUCAGGAGUUUGAGGCCAGUAACAGUCACAUGGUGAAGUCGUACUCGCUGCUCUUCAGGGUGACGUGUGCUGCAGGGCGAGAAACCCGGGAUACCAAUGUUGGUGAGGAGACGAUGAUGUCGGGUAAGAAGAAGCGGUAUUCCUCUCACCGCGGUGACGGCGAGACGACGUUUGUGGCUCAGAUGACGGUGCUUGAUAAGAACAGACGUCUGCAGCUGCUGGAUGGAGAGUAUGAAGUGUCCAUGCAGGAGAUGGAGGAGUGCCCCAUCGGCAAAAAACGAGCCACGUGGGAAACCAUUCUGGAUGGGAAGUGGGUUCCUCCGUUCGACACUUUUUCACACGGACCGACCCUGCAGUUCACGCUCUGCUGGACGGGCGACACGGGCGACAUCGCCACGCCCCCGGUGACACGCCCCCUCGCCACACGCAACGCCCAGCCGAGCGGCAGCGAGAACCAGAGGAACAACUGUCAGAAACCUGCACAUGCAGUAGCUGUUAAAGACCCUCUGAGCUCUGAUCCAGUGGUGAGGAAGGAGCAGCUCCAUGUCGAGCCCCGGCAGAAGCUACGGGUUUAUUAUCAGUUCCUGUACAACAACAACACCCGGCAGCAGACGGAGGCGCGGGACGACCUGCACUGUCCCUGGUGUACGCUCAACUGCCGAAAACUCUACAGCCUCCUGAAACACCUCAAACUCUCUCACAGCCGCUUCAUCUUCAACUACGUGCCCCACCCUAAAGGAGCGCGGAUCGACGUGUCGGUGAACGAGUGCUACGACGGAUCGUACGUGGGGAACCCUCACGACCUGCACUGCCAGCCCGGCUUCGCCUUCAGCCGCAACGGCCCCGUCAAGCGUACCAGCGUCACCCACGUCCUCGUCUGCAGGCCCGAGCGCACCAAGCCGAGUCUCUCGGAGUUCCUGGAGUGUGACGAGGUUCCUCUGGAGCAGGGACGUCCGCUGGUGAGCGGCCACAACCGCCUGUACUUCCACAGCGACAGCUGCGUGCCGCUGCGCCCACACGAGAUGGCCGAGGACAGCGAGGACGAGAAGGACCCCGAGUGGCUCCGCGAGAAAACCGUCAUGCAAAUUGAUGAGUUUACAGACGUGAAUGAAGGAGAGAAGGAGGUGAUGAAACUCUGGAACCUUCACGUGAUGAAGCACGGCUUUAUCGCGGAUAAUCAGAUCCCUGCGGCCUGUCUGCAGUUUGUGGAGAGCUGUGGGUCCAUCAUCAUGGAGAGGAACCUGUGCAGGAACUUCCUGCUGCAUCUGGUCAGCAUGCACGACUUCGGCCUGGUCAGCACGUCCACCAUCGACCGGGCAGUGGCUCGCCUGCGCCGACUCGCCUCACCUCCCCACGCCGCCGGAGCGCUGACGGACCGUGCCUGACCACGCCCAGCCAAUCAGAGCGCAGACGGACCGCGCCCGGACAGUGGAACUGUGGAACACCAGACGUUUCUCAUGGCCGGACCGCGGCGCUGGAUCGGAUCUCUUGCGGCUGCUUUUGGCUGGAAAGAUUUUAAUAUAUUUAUUUGAUGGUGCGUGACGGCGACGCCGCAGCUUUUACCGAUGUUCCUUCUCUUUAGUUUCUGAUGAAUCGUUCCGUCUGUCUCCACGUUUCUGACUCGUGUGGGAUGAGCGAUACCACAAAAAUCACAUCGCCGUGCUGGACGAUGUUUUCAGGUGCUAAUGGUUCAACUAGCCUGGUGCUAAUGCUAAAUCUGAUCAGCGAUUCACAAACUUCCUUCUUAUGACAAAAAAUUCCACAUAAAACACAGCUUUUAAUAGCGUAGCUUAAUAGUGAAGCUAGCAUGCUAGUCAAGCAGCAGUGUUUUUAGCUUGUUAACCGGCUUGUUGAACAAGCUAGCGAUAACUUGACCUGCAAACCUGCUGCUGUUAUACUGAAGUAGCCGAAACGUUCCAGAAUUAUAAGUGUUCAUUAAGCUACGUGUCUAAUGCUAACAAAAACAUAUUUUUAUUUUUAUUUUAAGUUAAGGAACUUUAGCCCAAGUAGCCCUGCGCUAAGCUUCACUAGCUAAGUGUUAUUUUUAAAUGAGCUAACGUUGAGGUUACUUCAUCAGUGGCUAAUUGCUAAUAUGCUAAGUUCUGAGGAACAAGCUAAGGAAGGAACAGUCGUGUGCUAGCUUGGUAUAAAAUACUGAUACGAUAUUUAUUUUAAUGACCCAACAUCACACGAGCUAGCUACUGAAAAGCAGCACCGCUCACAUUGUUACGAGGUCUAAAAUUAGCUAGAAUUGCAGCUUCCUUAAUUAGCGAAUGAUUUUAGUGUUUUGAACCAGCGGCCAUGUUGGCUAGUCAGCUAGCUUUAAGUCACGCUAACAGUAAUGUUACGUUUAGCGUAUUAGCAGCAGCAGCAGCACUGAGGGAGAGUGAUGUCAUGUGAGCAGGUUUGUGAUUGGCUGAUCAGAUUUAAAUAUAAGCUCCGCCCCCGUUUGAAGCAGGUUUAUAUUUCUAACAGAUAUUUAAAAUAUUUAGAUUAAAAUGUUUGAUUUUCUUGAGAAACUGGUGCGUUUAGAAACAACCAAUCAGCUGCUUGUUGCUAUACAGUGUUACUAUUUAUAGAAACAGACUCUCCGUGAUUGGUCAGAAUCGUUCUGUACAGCUCGUCACUGCUCCGCUGAUACUGCUGCGAUAUUUAUACUAAUAAUAAUAAUUAUAUUAAUAUUAUUGUUGUCGUAUCGCUCAUCUCUGACCUGGUACCACACGCACUUUAGCGUGAUCGUUAGUGCUAGUUAGCGUGUGUUAGCACAGGUGCUAAAACUGGAUUGUGAACGAUGUGUUUACUGUAACUGCUGGUGCAGACUGAGGACGUUCUGAUAAUCGUUUAUACAUCACGAUAUUUUACAUUACUGACAUCAGAGUGCUGCUGAAUACCGCUGCUCCCGCUGCUGUCUGUAAAAGUGGGCGUGUCACUGGUGGGUGUGGGCUAUAGUAAUAAUCACCAGCGCAUCAUUAAUGGUUCUAGUUUGGUUAUGCAGCACCGAUGUUUGUGCUACGCUCUUCAUAUCGACUGUAAAGAAGAAGAUUCAGUCCGAGCGACUGAAGCCUCAGCGUCCUGCUCCAGGGUCCUACAGCACCGGCGUGGUGGUGCUGGGUUUUGAACAUAUCACCUCCCGCUCCGUAGUCCAGUCCAAUCACUGCUGAGCCACCAGGAGCCUGAAGGCUGGAAGGGACAGCGGCGUUUAAGGGACCAGAGCGGCGCGUCUCUUUCUCUGACGCAUGUCCCCCCCUGGUGUAUGGAGGCUAAGAGCCGCGACACAAACGUGUGAUUGCAUCAUCGUAUACAUUCUAACACACACAUGCUCACUCACUGCUGCACUCAUGUUUACAUCCCGGCUGCAGGAGUAUGUUUGUAAUGAAGCUAACACAAGCUAACGGGCUCUUAGAUCUGCCGAUACUCCGGCGUCUCUGGCUAGUAUCAGAGCAGCUUGUUUGUGUAUGUUAGCGAGCCUGCUACAGGAUCGUUCUGAUGAUCAGAUUACAGAUGAAUGGUGAUGAGUCGGGACUGAAUUCUCUACGAUGUUUUACUGUUUACAUUCUGAUCAGAUUAUUAAACUGGAUCUGUGGUGGAGGAUCUCAGACGUGGAGCUUAGCGAGCGAGCGCUCUAAUUAUCAGGAGUAGCGGUGUGAUGGUGCUGAGUAUCGUGAUUCUGUUGGAUGGGUGAUUAUGGGUACGUACCUACACCCGUCUGGUGAUGAUGGGAUGAACGAUGAUGAGGAUAUUUUGGGUGACGAGGACGAUUUCUGAUGAACUUGUUUACAAACCAAAGCGAGUUUUUUUUACUCAAACAUUUUGUGACCUUUUGAGCGUCUCGGACGUUUCGCUCGAUCUUUUUUAUUUCUGAAGUUGUUCAUGCUGCGAUUUUUAUUUCUCUUUUUUUCUUUUUCUUGAAUUGUGUAGAAAUGUGAGGAUUUUUAUUAGCUGAAGAGUUUUUAUCGGCAUCGUUUUGCACAAACAUGAGAAAACAAACUAGAAACUGAAUUAGCCGAGUGUUGGUGCUUCUGGUGAUUUUUAUUUAAAUAAAGAAUUUUUCACAGUUGA